AUGGCGGCGCCGGGCCCGGGGGCUGGGGCAGCCUCGGGCGGCGCUGGCUGCAGCGGUGGCGGCGCGGGCGCAGGCUCCGGGUCCGCGGGGCUCGGGGGCCGGCUGCCCAGCCGGGUGCUGGAGUUGGUGUUCUCCUACCUGGAGCUGUCGGAGCUGCGGAGCUGCGCCCUGGUGUGCAAGCACUGGUACCGUUGCCUACACGGCGAUGAGAACAGCGAGGUGUGGCGGAGCCUGUGCGCCCGCAGCUUGGCAGAAGAGGCUCUGCGCACGGACAUCCUCUGCAACCUGCCCAGCUACAAGGCCAAGGUACGUGCUUUCCAACAUGCCUUCAGCACUAAUGACUGCUCCAGGAAUGUCUAUAUUAAGAAGAAUGGCUUUACUUUGCAUCGAAACCCUAUCGCUCAGAGCACUGAUGGUGCAAGGACCAAGAUCGGUUUCAGUGAGGGCCGCCAUGCAUGGGAAGUGUGGUGGGAGGGCCCUCUGGGCACUGUGGCAGUGAUUGGAAUUGCUACAAAACGGGCCCCCAUGCAGUGCCAAGGUUAUGUGGCAUUGCUGGGAAGCGACGACCAGAGCUGGGGCUGGAAUCUGGUGGACAAUAAUCUACUACACAAUGGGGAAGUCAAUGGCAGUUUUCCACAAUGCAACAAUGCACCAAAAUACCAGAUAGGAGAAAGAAUUCGAGUCAUCUUGGACAUGGAAGAUAAGACUUUAGCUUUUGAACGUGGAUAUGAGUUCCUGGGGGUUGCCUUUAGAGGACUUCCAAAGGCCUGUUUAUAUCCAGCAGUUUCUGCUGUAUAUGGCAACACAGAAGUGACUUUGGUUUACCUUGGAAAACCCUUGGAUGGAUGACAGUGGCUUUCUUGGGAUGAAAGACAGACUGGAGAAGAGAUCUACUUGUGGAAAGUAGAAUCAUGAAGUGACAGUGUCAUAUGUGCAUGUCCAAGAAACAUCCUGAAAAACACAUGUAAACUGGAGAAGCAACUCUAUUAACAGAUUAUCUUAGUGUUUCCUCUUUCCACUGGGCCAGAAAAAUCCUCAGGGUUGCAGUUGGUUGAGUGGGCAGUUGACAUAUGCAUGUUGCAACAGAUUUUGUCUCUAUGUUAGCAAUGUGUUAUUUCCAACUUUAAAGGUGAGAUUUUAGGGACAUCCGUAAAAGGGAUAAGGAUUUUUAAGUAAUGCGUUUGUGAAAAAGAUUGAUCCCAUCUUACAACUGCCUGUUUUUUCUCAAGUCCCUUUUUUUCCAGCCAGCUUGACUAUUAGAAAAGUAUGAAACUGGUUGGGUUUUAUUUAAUAUUUUUAAUAUAUUGAGAAGCAUGGUCUGCUUGGACUGCACUUCUCUAACAAUGAGAAAUAAAAUUGUGCAGCUAUUUUAAGAGUUGUAUAUACAAUAUGUGUGUAAAAAAGAACUGUAAAAAAGAAAAAAAGGACAAAGGGUUGCUUUGUUCUAUUUCAAUUUCUUAAAAACCACUACAUGGUACAAAAUCAAAAUAACAUUUAGGGACAAUURGGUAACUACAAAGAGGAGGAUUUUAAGAGGAGAUGUGUUGUAUUGGCUCAUUUGGUCUUACUUUUGAUUCAGUUCCCAUAACUGUUAUAGUCUGUUGUCUGUUGUUGGCUUGUUUUGAUUUUUGUUUAGUUAAACCAUCAAAAUUAUAGUUAAGACUCCUCAAUCUCCUGGCUAAAGAUUGAGGGAAGACAAGUCUAUUUCUGAUUAUUCAUAUAUCAGUAAAGAUGAUCUAAACAUAAUAGUAAUAUACGUAUUUUGGGGGUUUUUUUGGCUUUCUGAGAAAGUGUCUCAUAACAGAAAACAAUGCCAUGUGCUCUUACAGUCCUCAAAUAUGAACGAUAUUAGUCAUACAACCUAGGAAAAGAAUUAAUUAAUGAUUCUUUUAUUUUUAACUUUAUAAUGCUGUAGAUAUUAAAGUUUUUUAAUUUCAUGUUGUUUACAUCAUGUAACAGUCCAAGCCUCAAACUCUUCAUUGGGGCUAUCAAAAAAUGUUUACCUAUCCAUCUGAAACAGUGCCAACCUGAACCCAGGUUAAUUUUAUUAAUCUCAUUAUAGAUAAUUGCCCCCAUGGGACUUGAAAUAUAACACCUUGUGCUGAGAACUUCAGGUUGGCAAUGUUUUGGAAUUUUCAUUGGAGGAGAGCUUAACAUCCUAUUUUGAUAAAUCUUUUUUUUCUCAUUAACACUCUUUUGAAUUAAUAAUACAACACAUAUGAGCUGAGAUUUUUCUUUUGUUAGAAGAGAAACAAACAUCUUUCUGUAUGAAAGUAUAAAUUGUAUGGUUUCAGAUAUAUAAGAAUUAAGACAAGUGAAAUAUUUGUACUUUUUAAAUUAUUGCCGUAUGUAUAAUUUUAAAUCUAAUAAAAUUAGGGACAGCAAGCAGCUUGCUGGGGUUCUUGGGUUGCUCCUUGAGAGUUAAAAUUAUCAAAAUCCCUAUGAAGCAGGAUUUGUCAGCCAUAGAACAAAGAUUUGUUAUUAUUACCUGAAAGUUUUACAAGUAUUUAUUGUGCAUUUGGUAUGUUGUUUGAAACAAAAAAAAGAUUGUUAAAGAUUCUUUUCGAUAUCCAUGUCAAGAAAAAGCUGCCUUGUACAGAGUGAAAGUAUAUGUUAAAUGUAUUAGAGAAUAUAACUGACACAGGAAUUGGUUUUUCUUGGUGUAGAACAACUCAAUUGGUUAAAUCUGAAUGAUUAAAGAGAACUGGUUCAGGAUGAAGAUUGACUAGUUACAAAGUGAUAAAGACCUUUAAGUACUUGUUGCAUUUUCAGGUUGUGAUAUGGUCAAUUCCAAGAGCAUCUGCUAAGAAUUUUGUUUAUAACUUCUAUUUUGUCUUGUUAGUAAAUGUUCAUUUACAACAAAGUUUUGAAGGUGCUUAUUGGAAAACAAAAACAUGGUUAUUCAUUCCAUAUUGAACCUAGAGUCCAAUAAUUGCCUAAAUAUUUAACAUCAAGCCAUUCUUAUAUCAAAGAUUUGAAUUCCCAAAUAUCCCCUUUGCAAGUUUUGUAAAAUGGAGUUUCGUAGUUAGCAUGAGCAUCAGGAGAAUAAAGAAUCUUCAUUUAUAUCCUGAUGGAUCAAUUUGUUACUAGAGACCAGCAGUGACUGUCCAGAUGAUUAAAACAAACUGCUACCAUAUUCAAGGAGGUCUCUUUUUCAUUGUUGCUGAGAGAGCAUUUAGGUAGAAGAUAGUUGUACCUGAAGAUUGAAUAUAAAUCACUUAAACCAAUAGUUCUCAACCUUGCCUGUAUUUGGAAUCACUUUGGAGUUUGUUUUAAAAUAUUUAUAUUUACCAGGCUCAGGGGCACACACCUGUAAUCUUGGCAAAUUGGGAGAAGGAUUGAAAGUGGGAGGCCAGACUCAGCGACUUAGGGUGUCUCUGUCUCAAAAAAAAAAAAAAAAAAAGGCUGGGAAUGUAGCUCAGUGGUAGAGUGCCCUGGGUUCAAUCCUCAAUACCAUAGGAAAAUAAAAAAUUUAUGCUUGGGUCCCAUAUCCUAAGACACUGAUGUUCAUCCAGAAUGUGAUCUGGCCUAAAGGAUAUUUUAAAACUUCCUGGUGAUUCCAAUAAGCCACCAAGGUUGAGAACCAUUAUUCUAAAACUCACCUACUUUUCUCAUCUGCAAAAUAGAAAAUUCUUGCUCCCUCCCUUCACUACCUCACAAGGAUAUUGA